AUGCGUCUCUGGUCUGGCUGCCUCUGGGCAGCCCUUGCACUGGCUGUAAAUGCACAGUCUAACUCUACCGAUGCACCUCUCGCAUUACCUGACAAUGCACCGUUGAACUCUACCGAUGGACUCGAGCCGGCAGAUUUCAACGUCACACAAGCGUUGGUGGACAUGGGAGUCGACGUGUCGGCACUUCCUAUUGCCCAAGUUGUCGAACGCUCGUCUAGUGCUGCCUGUACGCUUGCUUGCGCCUCUCUGGAGCUCCUGUAUGGUGCGCAAAGCGUCGAGUUCAGUAACAGUGCCGCAUAUACAGCCUUCACGUCGGGUUACUGGUCUCAGAUACAAGAGAAUGUGCAGCCUUACUGCAUCUUCAAGGCACCCAACAAAGGCGCCGUGGCUGUGGUGAUUCUUCUUUCUCGUCUGACGACCUGCCCGUUUGCGGUCAAGAGCGGUGGACACGCAGCAUUCCAGGGUGCCUCCAAUAUCGAAGGUGGCAUCACUGUCUCUCUUGCCGCACUCGACACCAUCACCGUCUCCAGUGACAAGAAGACCGUGGCAGUCGGACCGGGCAAUACCUGGAAUGCCGUGUAUACGGCCCUCGCCCCAUACAACUUGGCAGUCCUCGGUGGACGCGUAGCACCGAUUGGUGUGGGUGGUUUGACCACUGGAGGAGGCAUAUCCUUCUUUUCUUCUCUCUACGGCUGGGCCUGCGACAACGUUGCCUCGUACGACGUGAUUCUCGCCUCCGGAGUCCAGGUCACCGCCUCACCGACCACCAACUCCGACCUCUACUGGAGUCUUCGCGGCGGUGGCAACAACUUUGGCAUCGUGGUCAACUUCAACUAUCUCGCCAUCAGCCUGCCGGGCAGCGAGUUGUGGGGCGGCACUCGUAUCUACACAGAAGAUCAAUUCGCCGGAUUGGCGAACGCCUUCGCCGGUGUCGUGAGUGACUCCCCCAACGACGGCAACGCGGGCCAGUGGGUGGCCUGGCUGGAGAGCAACGGGACGAAGAUCGCAUCGGCCGAGCUCUACUACGGCCAGCCCAACGGUCGAAGUGCCGCCAUCUGGGACAAUUACAACGCCUUGACCGCCAUCUCGGAUUCGACGCAGAACCGACAGCUGGCAGCCUACACGGCGGAGCUGGCGAGCUCCAACCCCUAUGGGCUCCGCGAGACGUACUACGGCUUGACGGUCAAGGCAGACGAGUCCCUCGCGGUGCUCGCCAAGGACAUCUUCUACCAAGAACUCCCCGCGAUGGCCAAUGUGGCCGGGGCGAACCCGGUGCUCAUCUACCAGGGGAUCACGCUGCCGAUGAUCGAGAACAUGCAGAAGAACGGAGGCAACCCGCUGGGGAUCGCGGUGGCGGACGGACCCCUGUACCUGAUCCACGUGGCGUGCUGGUGGGACAAUGCGUCGGACGACGCGACGGUAUAUGCGUUCGUGACGAGCGUGCUGACGCAGAUCAAGGCGGCCGCGACACAAAUCGGCAAGCAGAACGCCUACGUGUACAUGAACUACGGCGGCGUGUACGAGGACGUGAUCCAGAGCUACGGCGCCGCCAACAAGGCGCGCCUCAAGCGUGUCGCCGCCAAAUACGAUCCCCAACAGGUCUUCCAGGUGCUGCAGCCGGGAUACUUCAAGCUCGACCGCGCCCCUGUCGUCGACGCACGGUACUUUUCAGGAUAG